CUCAAAUCAAACCGUGGAAGCAAACGUUUUACACACACACUCUCAUCAAUCAUCAUGUCGAGAUUGCAGGACAAAGUGGCCAUCAUCACCGGCGGCGCCAGAGGGAUCGGCGCCGCCGCCGUGGAGCUAUUCCACCAACAAGGAGCCAAGGAAGACGACGUGGCACACCUGGUGGACGCCACGGUGGCCAGGUACGGGAAGCUGGACGUCAUGUACUGCAACGCCGGCGUAUCGGACGGACGGCCGGGGAGCAUCCUCGACGCCUCGCGGGAGCAGCUGGACCGCAUGAUCGGCGUGAACCUGGUGGGCGCGUUUCUCGGAGCGAAGCACGCGGCCAGGGUGAUGAUCCCACUGAAACGCGGCGGCGGGAGCGUGCUGUUCACGGCGAGCGCGUGCACCGCGAUCGGUGGGCUCGGGAGCCACUGCUACGCGAUGACCAAGUACGGGAUCGUGGGCCUGGCCCGGAACCUGGCGAGCGAGCUGGGCCGGCACGGGAUCCGGGUGAACUGCGUGUCGCCUUCGGGCCUGGUGACGGGAGUGGCCGGCGGGAAGGUGAAGAGCGCGGCUGAGGUGGCGCGGAUAGAGGCGUUCUUCAGCGAGGUGGGGAAUCUGAAGGGGAGGAACCUCACGGUUGAUGACGUGGCGAGUGCGGCGUUGUUUCUGGCCGGCGACGAGGCCCGGUACGUGAGCGGGGUCAACCUGGUGGUUGAUGGCGGGUUCAGUACGGUCAACCCGUCCAUGCUGAACACCAUGCAAAUUGGAUGAACAUUAGGGCUAGCUUUGCUUGUUGGGUUUUUGCAAACGAGGGUUUUGGUUGAAUGUUAGAGUCAGUUUACUUUCAUGUUCAUCAACUGUUUUAUUUUUCAUUCUGUUUUUCUAGUUCGUUUCCAACUCCGAAAACAGAAGGGGUAGCUUUAUGUUGUUUUCGACAUAUUUUCUCGCAUUUUCAAGGAUUUUUUUUUUGUCUUAUCGGUGAGGGUAAUCUUGUUCUCUGUGUUCAAUGAGCUUUCAAAGAUCCUACUAUUUCUUUCCCCCUGGUACACCAUUCUUUCGUGUUUGAAGGAUUUUUAUGAGGCAAACUGUUAAUAACGUGUGUGAUGCUUA